AGAUGGCGCUACGUAUGCUGAGGAGGGCGGCGCGCGGAGCGGCGGCGGCGGCCGCGCUGCUGAGGCCGAAAGCGUCUCCAGCAGCUGAUGUCUCCAGGCUUGGAUAUAGUUCCUUGUCAAAUCACAAGUACAUUCCCCGGAGGGCAGUGCUCUACGUACCUGGAAAUGAUGAGAAGAAAAUAAAGAAGAUUCCGUCCUUGAAUGUAGAUUGUGCAGUGCUCGACUGUGAAGAUGGUGUGGCUGCAAACAAAAAGAAUGAAGCUCGACUGAGAAUUGUAAAAACUCUUGAAGACUUUGACCUGGGCCCAACUGAAAAGUGUGUGAGAGUCAACUCGGUGUCCAGUGGUCUGGCUGAAGAAGACCUAGAGACCCUUCUGCAAUCCCGGGUCCUUCCUUCCAGCCUCAUGCUACCAAAGGUGGAAAGUCCUGAAGAAAUCCAGUGGUUUUCAGACAAAUUUUCACUAUACUUAAAAGGCCGAAAACUUGAACAACCAAUGAACUUAAUCCCUUUUGUGGAAACUGCAAUGGGUUUGCUUAAUUUUAAGGCUGUGUGUGAAGAAACACUAAAGACUGGGCCUCAAGUGGGUCUUUUUCUAGAUGCAGUCGUGUUUGGAGGAGAAGACUUUCGCGCAAGCAUAGGUGCAACAAGUAGCAAAGAUACCCAGGAUAUUCUCUACGCCCGACAAAUGAUCGUUGUCAUAGCAAAGGCCUUUGGUCUGCAAGCCAUAGAUCUGGUGUACAUUGACUUUCGAGAUGGAGAUGGGCUUCUUAGACAGUCAAGAGAAGGAGCUGCCAUGGGCUUCACUGGUAAGCAGGUGAUCCACCCUAACCAAAUUGCAGUGGUCCAGGAGCAGUUUUCUCCUUCCCCUGAAAAAAUUAAGUGGGCUGAAGAACUGAUUGCUGCCUUUAAAGAACAUCAGCAAUUAGGAAAGGGAGCCUUUACUUUCCAAGGGAGUAUGAUCGACAUGCCAUUACUGAAGCAGGCCCAGAACAUUGUUACGCUUGCCACAUCCAUCAAGGAAAAAUGAUCUGGCUAAAGGGUAUUGAAGCUGCGGAGGAUCAACUUGUGCUUGCCAGAGGACGCCAAUGAAGUUUGAAACACCAACAAUCAGAGAUUUUGUUUCUGUUCCUCAUUAAAUCAUGAGCUUUUGUGCCGAGACUCUGGACGACUGUUCUUUAAGAAAUUAACAGAAUGGGAAGUUUUAAACUCUACACCAACCUUUUCAUGACCUACACAGCAGCAACGCUGCUACUCUUAGACAAACUCCGCGGGGAAGGCUGUUCUGUUUAUUUAAAUUUGUAAAUAGAAAACAGUUGUUUUUUAUUUUCAUUUUUUUUUACCUCCUCCUACGCCCUUUUUGAUUAUUUCCUACAUGGUCCCUAGUGUGUGCCCCAACCCAGGGGUCUACUUUUCCCCACUUCUCCCAAUUCCUACAGGAAACCCAAGAGGCGAGUAGAGUUGAGGGUUAGAUUCAAGGAGAGGCACCAUCACCUCGAAGCAAAGUCAAGAGUCCACGGCCAUCGGCCACCGUGCAGCCCCGGCGCACAGCAGGGAGGGCAGGAAGGGGAAGAUCCAGUUCCCACGGGCAUGUGGAGGGAACCCCAUCCAGGCUGGAUGGUUCUGGGGAGACACAUUCUUGGGACACCAACUAAUGUUCCCAAACGUGGGCUCCCAGGAGACAGCUCUUCAACUGAGAUGGCACACGUUAGGCUGGGUCCCCCUUCCCCUCCUUGGUGCAGCCUCCUCAGCCCCUCAUCCGAGCAUCAUCACCUUCGCCUUGGUGGCCCUGUGCUGCCCCAGAGUUGUUGGAAGGGAAGGGGGGAGCCAGCCCCAUCCUCUCUCUGAGGGCCGGAAGCAGGAAGAUGGCAUCUCGCCAACCUCAGAGACAACUGGCCUCCAGCCAACCUGUGCCUCAGGACUCCGGACAGGGGCAGCGGGCAGCCGCUACGGAGCAGCACCCCAAGGCGCACUGUGGCCAUUACAGAGCAGCACCCCGAAGGCGCACUGUGGCAGCUGUGCCCUGCCAGGGUUCGGCCGGAACCCCGGAGUCAGGCUGCACGCUCAGUCCGCCCUCUGCUUAGAAGGAGAGACAGGAGAAAAGGAAGGCCUCUUCUCUUUUCCCCUGUCCCACACCCCCUCGGGGUGUCAAAAGCAGCACUGGCAUGGCCUGGCACAAGCUAAAGAGGAACAUAAAAGCCACCUUCGCACGUGCCUUCAGGCAGCCCUCACUUGAACUUAACUGCCCUUCCCACCCUCUGUCCAGAUCCAGAGGAUGAAAGGGCACACGUUCUAGUCUCCCCCCGGCUGCCAGCCAGCCCCCCGGCCCAUACCCAUGGGCCGCCACAAGCCUGGGCUCGCUGAGAGCCACCCCCCACUCUGAGGGAGCUCACAUGCCUGCUGAAGGCACCCCUCAGCCCGGGUCUGGGCAGUGCUGAGAGCCACAUUGGCUAGGUCUCCUGACACCCGUCGCCAACAGGCCCAGGGGUUCCUAGGUCCCCAGCCACAUUCACCACGCCCUGGCCUGUACCCCAAACUGCAUUUUGUUCCAACAAAACCACCUUACUAAGUCUCCCCAAAUGUCAGACUUACCAUCUUACCCAUAACUCGGUGGUCCCAAUUAUGGUAGAAUCAUGAGACUGGGACCCACUAGCACCAAAAACCUGGACUGAGCUCCCACUGUCUGAACAGAGACCCUAACGAGGACCCCAGAAGAGACUUCAGUCAUGGUCAGGAGCUCACUGUGCCUCAUUCCUUGAAGAACAAAACUCUAGGACGGAAAUGCUGGGGAACAAAAAUGUAUUCCCGCUCUUUUCCCACCCACAACCCUUUGGUGCCACGGAUAGCGGCGGACAGGUGGGGGAGCAUGCCCGGAUGCCCGCCAGGGGACAAGGAGGUCUGCCCGCUGCCCUGAGCCAGGAAUGGACAACAGGAAGAGGACCUUGCAGCUAAUCUGAUUAAUCAGAAGCCAUACCUGUUUCUAUUUUGUGUAGCUCAUCACAAGCCGCUUAGCCAUAUCACCCCCCUGUUAUUAAUUCUAGGGGGCUAAAUUAUGGGUAACACUAUUAAAACAUUAUCAGAACUAAUGAGAAACAAUUACUUAGAAAAUGAGCCGGGACAAGAUUGAGUCGAGAACAUCAGCGGUGAUCACCGUAGAUUAGUUUAAUAAAUCAUCAGGUGCUAGGCAAGACUGACUGUAUGUAUGCAAAGCCCCGUCACGGGAAAAUGAAAUUGAGAUUUUUUUUUUUGCAUAAUUUUUUCAUUAAUCUCAAUAGGACCCGUGUGGUGUAGAUUGCUUUAUUCCCCUAAUACCUUGCCUGAGGGGGGGUGCCCAAUAAUGUCUUCAUUGUUUUACUGAGGUCUUAAUGACAAUCUGUGACAACCUCAUUUUAAUGUAUAGAGGAUUAUAUCAUAGUCAUGUUUUAUUGAAAUGGU